AUGCAAUUUUGAUGCACUCCAACUUCACAGUGGAAGAAGGGUGCACCCACAAUGAAGUUCUCCACGACAGUGAGCUCCUCCAGGAGGAAGAGCCGCAAGGCUCACUUCUCAGCACCUUCAAAUGUCCGGAGGAAACUUAUGAGCGCUCCUCUGUCGAAGGAACUGCGCACCAAGUACAGCGUGAAUGCUGUGCCAGUGAGGAAGGAUGACGAGGUCAGCGUUGUACGAGGAACGUACAAGGGGAGGGAAGGAAAGAUUGUGCAGGUAUACAGAAAGAAGUGGGUCAUCCACAUUGAGCGCAUCACCCGCGAAAAGGUCAACGGCGCCACAGUGAAUGUGGGCAUUGACCCCAGCAAGGUGGUGGUGACUAAGCUGAAGCUGGACAAGGACAGGAAGGGGCUGCUCGACAGGAAGGGCAAGAAGGACGACAAGAACAAGGGCAAGUUCAGCGAGGCAGAGGUGGAGGCCAUGCAGGACGUGGACUAAGCUGUCUCUUGUGCACAUUUCUAGUACUGCUUGCAGAUUGUUGGUCAGCCGUGACUGAUUCCAGAAACGCUCAUGUCCUUAGCUGCGGUGCAAUAAGGACUUGACCGGUUGCAGCUGCGCGCUGCCUGUAACAUACACACUGCUGCAUC